AUGACACUGGAGUUCACGACACAAUAUUCAAAGAAGAAAAUCAAAAUAAUUCCCAUUGCGUUAAAAAGUGUAAACAAAAAUCAGAAAUUGUCAAAUCCAGUCCCUAAUUCCAUGCACGUCCCCACAAUGUCUGCUCAAGUACUACCUAAAAAACGAUCAAAAGGAGACAAAAGAAUCAAUAGUCAUAAUAAUGCAUCAUCAGGUCACAUAAGCAAUCAUCGUAAUCAUCACACUGUCUCACGACUGACACCCCAAACCAACCGCAUAAUAUCUGGCAAUCAGAAUGGCAGCGCGGCGACUAGAAGAGUAAUACUGAAUAGGGUAGCUUCGCACACAAGACAUGUUAGUCGUAGUCUAGCUCAUGAUGAUUUAAGUAAUGAGUCAUUUGAAGAAGUUGGAAUUGGAUUCAAUGAAAACAAACAUCAAAUUUUAACAAAUUUUGAAGAAUGGAUCAAAAUGUCAACUGAUAAUAAAAUCAAUAUCAAGAACUCGUGGCAGUUUGCAUUGAUCGAUUAUUUCCAUGAUUUAAAUGUUAUUAAAGAUGGCGAUCAUAUUAAUUUUCAACGUGCUUCAGCUACUUUAGAUGGAUGUAUAAAGAUUUAUUCAAAUAGAAUUGACUCUGCUGCGACAGAGACUGGGAAACUUUUGAGUGGAUUGGCCUCAAAACAGAAUGAAAAGCCAAGGAGCAGUACCUCAGCCGAUGAUGACGGUGAUGCACUAGAUGGCGAAAGAGUCGCUUCAGAUAAUGAAGAUGAAAAUGAAGAUGGAACAAAGAAGAAACGUAAAGUGAAUAAAGUUGUCGAGUCGACUCUUGUGGAGUUUGAUACUAUACGGAUAAAGAAAUUAGAUCAGGAAUUGGCAAUAGAUCCAUUAUUUAAAAAAGCACUUGCUGAGUUUGAUGAAGGUGGUGCAAAGAGUCUAUUGUUGAAUACGUUGAGUAUUGAUUCCUCGGGAAGAGUUGUAUUUGAUGCGACUUCAACUCAAAAUGCUCAAGGGAUGGAUGAUGUUAACACACAAGACUUGAUUGAUGAUGCAGAUGUUGACUUAUCUGACUUGGGCCAAAUUUUAUUUGAAGAUCCCAUACCAAUUGGGGAGAAAUCAAUUUGUCCAUCUCUUGAUGAAUUUCGAUCUGCUUUGGAUGACUUACAUAAAGCCAAAAGCAUACUUAACGAUUUCAACACCCGAAUGAAUGAUGUUCAAGAGAUUGAAAUGGACCAAAAUGAUUACGAUAUGGAUAACGAUUUCGGAUUUGAUGACUUUGGCGAUCAAGAGGGACUAGAGACUCCUUUAAAUGAUAAUGAUCUACUAAACCAUGUCAAUGAAAGUGUUAUGCAAAAAUUAUUCGAAGAGAAAACUGACCCUUAUACUCAAUCUAAAACUAAUACAGCAUUAUUGGAUGAAGAUUUGAUGAAUUACUUUGAUGAGAAAUUGAAAAUCAGUUGGGCUGGACCUGAACAUUGGAAAGUCUCAGCUUUUAAAAAGGCAAAUAAUAUUGACCAAUUUGCUAAAGAAAAGAAGCCAGAUAUUUCAGCUCCGAAAAAGAAAAAAGCUGUUACGGCUAUUGAUUUUUUCAGUCUGGAGAAUGUAGACGAAGAUCUACUAUUCAAGCUGCAUAAAGAUCCCAAUUUCAUCAACUUGAAGUCAACAAACAUUUAUGAGGUUUACGAUGCUGAUAUAUAUGAAGAGAUCAAAGAAAAGAAUUUAUUACCAGAUGAUAUCAAGUUUACUUCCUCUAGAUUAGUCAGUUUGAUUCAGAAACCGAAUACACCAAUUAUGUAUUUCCCUAGAACCCCAAUUGCUUAUGAUACCAAUGAGCAAGGGAAACUUACAGACUCGAAUUUCUUUGCUGAGCAAUACCAAGCUAGGGAAACUCAAGAACAAGAUGGUGAAAAUCCUGAUGAUAGAGAGAGGUUAGCCCAUUCUUUCCAUCAAGCCGAAUAUGAAGAUUUCGAUAAUGAUUACGAUGGAAUAGAUUUCAAUGAUGCAUUACAAGAUGUACCUGAAAACGGAAUUAGUGGACAAGAAUCAUACCCCUUGGGUGCAACAUCGGAAUCCCAGCUUAAUUCACAACCGGCUGGAGUCAUUGGUAAGCGAAGAACAGAGUUUGUCAACUUCUCCCGUGUUGCCAAAAGAGUCGAUAUUAAACUUUUGAAAGAUAACAUAUGGAGAGCCAUGCUUGAAGGUGUUGCUGACAAGGCAGUGGACAAUAACAAUAAUAGUGAACCCAGAAGAAUUAGAUUUAAUGAGGUGCUUAGAAAAGUCAAGACUAUGUACACAUCAGAACAAGUUAAGGAACUAUCCACCAGUUUUUGUUUUAUUUGUGUUUUACAUUUGGCUAAUGAACAUGGAUUGACUAUCAAAGGUAACGAGACCAAUGAUAAUUUGGAAAUUAUAGGGAUAUAG